GAUUGCAGGGCACGAGACCCGUCAUUCAGAGUUUGUUCGUGAGUGCACACACGUCGCCAUUACAGCGGGAGACAACAAAUAUUUGACAACAGAAAUUACCGACGAUAUUUCACACGUUGGACAAUUGAUCGCCGAGGGAUUAUUGCGAGUUCAAGUGAAAAACAACCGGAGAAAGUCAAACCCCCCAAAACAGAAAUUAAAAAUGGUGAAAGCCUCCAAUCGUCACCCGACAUCUUCGACGACGACGAGUUCGACUGCGACUGUGCAGCAGCAGCAGCAGUCGGAUCCGCUGCGCGGAGUGAUGGCGACCAGCAAGGAGCAAGUGGAAAUCCAAAUGUACCUGUCCAAAUUGAAGGAGCUGGUGCCGCACAUGCCCAAGAAUCGCAAAGUCUCCAAGUUGGAAGUCAUCCAGCACGUCAUCGACUACAUUUGCGACCUGCAGAGCGAACUGGAGCAGAACCAUCCGGCCAGUCUCAACCGGAACCGGAGGAAACAACAUUCGGCAGCCGUGUUGGCCGCGCGGAGGGCCACCACCGACGCCUCCGUCAUCGCCAGCGGUGCCAGUCUCUCGCAUCCAUCCGCCGCCUCUUCCGCCGUGCACAGACAACCUCUCGGCCUACUCACCUCCAUUCCCAACACCUCCAUCGAGGUGAACAACACGACAGGGGAUAACAAGAGCAUCAGUGACGUCAUCGUUCCUUGUUAGGAUUCUCCCACAGUGUAAAAAAAAGGGGCGGAGUUUCCCUGCAACAUCCCCGCAAAUUAUUUUCCAAUGGACACGACAACAACAACAACAACAACAACACUAGUCCUCGAUUUCUCUUUUUUUUUUAAAUUUUUUUAGCGAACAAAAAAGAAAACCAUCAAUCACACAAACACCUAUAGGCUAUUAUUAUAUGACGUGGAGACAAGUGUUUUGUUUAUUUCUCCCAUUUUAUUUUGGGUCUUAAAUUAAUUUUUUUAUAGAACAAAAAAGAAUCCCCUCCACUUGCUACCAAAAUGUCGAAAAAC